AUGAGAAGAUUGGGUUUGGAAAGAUUUAGCCUGAACAGCCUGGAUUUCAGCAGGUGGGUUUUGCAAAGAGAGCAAUUUGUCACAGUGAAAAGCAUUUUCUACCCUCCUAGCCAUCUCUAUAACUUUAUCCAAGCAACUGAGGCUGCUUCUGUCAGUCAGCGCCAGCGCAGGAAAGGAAGCCGAAGCGAUUGGUCGCUCUUUCUUGCCGUAGCACCUUUCCUUGCGGUCCGGCUAGGAGGCGGAGCAGCCAAGCCAAAUCCCUCGCAGAUCGCAGAAGGCGAGAGGGGAAGCCUCUCCAAUCAGCUAGACAUCGCCAUGGCUGCGGUGGAGGUGCAUCGUGUGCUCGUCUACGGCGGCAGAGGAGCCCUGGGCUCCAAAUGUGUGCAGCAUUUCCGAGCCAAGAACUGGUGGGUGGCCAGCAUUGACUUAGCAGAAAAUGAUGAGGCGAAUGCCAAUAUUGUUGUGGAAGUGAGUGAUUCCUUCAUUCAACAAGCAGAUCAGGUGACGGAAGAUGUUGGAAAACUCCUGGGCGAGAAGAAGGUUGACGCUAUCCUUUGUGUAGCUGGUGGAUGGGCUGGAGGCAGUGCAAAAGCAAAAUCUUUCUACAAAAAUAGUGAUCUGAUGUGGAAACAAAGUGUUUGGACAUCAACCAUUUCUAGCCACUUGGCCAGCAAACACCUGAAGGAAGGAGGCUUGUUGACCCUGACAGGGGCAAAACCAGCAUUAGCUGGAACUCCAGGAAUGAUUGGUUAUGGCAUGGCCAAAGCAGCAGUCCACCAGCUUUGCCUGAGUCUGUCUGGUGCCAAUGGUGGCUUGCCACCUGGAUCUGCUGCAGUUGCUAUUCUUCCAGUUACCUUGGAUACACCAAUGAACAGAAAAUCCAUGCCUGACGCAGACUUCAGCUCCUGGACACCAUUAGAAUUCAUUGCUGAAACCUUUUAUGACUGGAUCGCUGGAAAGAACCGACCAAACUCUGGCAGCCAGUUGCAGGUGAUAACCACAGGAGGAAAGACAGAGCUUGUAGCUGCCCAUCUCUAAGCCAGGAGUGAUCAUUUGUGCAAACAGCAAAGAAGUAACUUAAAUGUGCAGCGUGCGUCUGUAGUCAGUGUGGCCUUCUCCUUCUGCUGGUUAAAUGAUCUCAUUUGCAGAGCAGGGCCUAAGGUUGUGUUUGUGUUGCUAGAUGUGAGCCAGUCGCAUUUAAUUACCAAAAAGUAUGAAGUGUUUUGCAUUUAAAUCAAGAUUCCCUAAUGGCCUCAUUUUGCAGUGUUUUCUAGAGGAUUACUCUUAGCCUUAAGAAAGCCAAUUGUGGUACUUAUAAGUAAAAUUAUGCCUAAUUGUAUAAAAUACAUACACGUGACUGUUGUGGUAGGUCUGCUAUUUUGGUAAUUUUCUGUACACUAUUUCUGUGUCUUGUUAUCCAGAUGGUCUUUUUGUCAGAUAUACUUAAGAAUUGUCUUAUGUUAACCUUAACCAAUGAUGCAUUCAUCCUACAAGUCAUAUGUCCAAACUGACCCACCUACUGCACAGCUUGAGAUGUACACAAGCAAAGCCUGUUCCUCCUCCCAGCAUGCCUUCCUCCUCCUCCUAAUCUUGGUAGAGGAAGGGAUUGUCCAUAUAAGUCUAUAGCACACUAUCUAAAUACUAAAUUAAUGUGGUAUUUAAAUUGCAUGUGAGGGGUAAUUCGGAGACCCUCUCCAGAGUUCUAGAAGAAGGGGAACAAGAAACAGAAUACACAUCCCUAAACCUGUGGUUGGAGGGCUGACAGAUGUAAUGAGGCAAUUUUUUAAAGCUUUCUAUUUCAUCACAGAUAACGUCACAGAAAGGUAACACACUCAUUAAGCCUAUAGGUACUAUUUCCAUUUAAAUACAGACACACACACAAACAAAAAGAUACCAGUACUUAAGAUUAAGCCCUUCAGAGAUUUAACUCACACUUCCAGGCCAGGCAUGUGGACUAGAUCUCCAGGACUAUUAAUGGUGGCCUGUUGCCUUUAGACAGGCCAAAGAGGAGGGUGCUGUCACAGCUCCCUCCUAUCAGUCGUCCCAGCUCCCUCCUAUCAGUCGUCCCUCCCUGCCAGCUGAGAGGGAAGUGGAUACUCCUCUUGCUCUAUGAGAGAAGGCUGAGCAAUGGGGCUAAGGAGGAACAGGCCAGGGAAAUCCACAGCAACUGCAGCAUCCUAUGUCAGGGAUGAGUAACACAAGACUCCCCUGCUUCUGACCACAACUGCCAUCACCACCUACCGCAGUUAGUUGCAACUGGGCAUGAUGGGAGCUGCAGUCCAAUAGCAGCCGGAGAGCCCUAGGUUGUCUACUCUGUCUAUGCUAUUUCAAAAUUGUUUGGAGAGUUUGCCAGUGGAUUGUAGGAGGAUUGUAUUUUUCCCCUGGGGGGAGUGGUGACUUAAAAAGGUACACAGAUUUUUAAAAUCUAGAUUUUAAGAUACCCAGCAGAAACCCAUUACAGGAUCCCUUGGAGGAAAACUGCAUGUAUUCUUGAAGCAAGAUAGCCACACAAGGUCCCUGAGAGUCUCAUUGGGGCUACUUAACUUGCAGAUGGCUGCAUUCAGGCCGCUCCCUAUUUGCAAUUUGUUCCCAUUACCCUCUCUCUGAGUAGAGAGUGACUCUCCCCAGCUAGACACUGUACACAUCCCCCAAAGCUGUGGCCAUUUGGUUAUAAUGCCCAGUAUUGGAGACCUCUCCCCCCGCCCCCCCCCAUCCCAGCCUCAGACAGACACAUAGCAGUUGGGGAGGCUCUAGUGCUCCCAUUUUGUGCCCCCCCCCUUCCUCCAUAUUAAAGAUUAAGGUUUUUCUUUAAAAGACUGUCUUGAUAAGGAAUGUAUCCUUAUUACAGUAAUCACUUUAGUUUGUACUUAAAUAUUCUCAUGUAAUUCUAAUAUUGCUCUCCGUUCAGGACCCUCCUAGGAAACUGAGCAGCUUUAAGAAGCCAUAUACUUAUGCAUCACUUGACAGUCAUACGUUGAAGGCAGAUUCAUACGAUCUUCAGUUCAUGGCAGGCUUUAAGCUGAAUUUGUUGGGCAGCUGCCCAUAACUUCAAACAUAUGCUGCAGAUUUACUCCAGGUAGAGCUAGGAAUAGGGCAGAUGAAAAUGUAGGCACUGGUAGAGGUGGGGGGGAUCAUUUGAGAUGGGGAUCCAUUCUGGCAAGUGUUCAAGCAAGCACCCUGGAUCCCAGUAGUCAGUUCCCUAGAUCUCUAGUCUUUAACGGAUUGGUUUACAAUUUAGCCUUCAUAGAGUCAAACCAGGAGCUGACAGCAGCAAAAUGGUGUACAGAAUCAGGUUUGUCACCGAGUGUCAAAGAGACUAAAAGGGACUAAACUGAGCAUGUUGGAGGGGACCUAACCAUGCUUACACUUCUCCCUCAUCCCAUAUCACAUUUUAGCAGUUUCUCUCCCAGUGAGGCUCCAGAACAGGAACCCCGCCUGGAUCAGAGCUAGGGAGUGGCUUCAGCUCCUGCCUGCCCAUCAGUGUUCCCUCCAAGAGGGACCACCAGAUGCCGUCAACCACAAUCCCCAAGUAAAAGCCACUGCAGCUGGGGAUCCUGGGAGCUGCAGCCAAAAACAUCCGGGAACCCUGUCGGAGGGAACACUGCUGCCCAUGUUGGGCUUUAGACCCCUUCAAGGGGCCUUUCUAGGGAACCAGCAGCAGAACCCAAAGUGGAUCUCAAAAACUGCACUCAAAAUUUCUCUUUGGGUGACUAUGGUCUCGCAGGAUUUCAGCAUGGCUCCCCUCCAGGAAUUAACAGUGCAAAGCAUUUGGCCAGUGGAUAUCUCCAGCAUAGUCUUGAUUGAUUAAGUGCCAUCAAGUCAGUGUCAACUCUUAGCAACCACAGAUAUAGAUUCUCUCCAGGAUGAUCUGUCUUCAACUUGGCCUUUAAGGUCUCUCAGUGGUGCAUUCAUUGUUGUAAUCGAGUCCUUCCACUUUGCUGCUGGUUGUCCUCUUCUUCUAAGAAUAGUCUCAUUCUCAUAGUCUAAGCAAUUUCCCCCUCACAUAUACUCAGAACCACAGUUGGUAAAACCGUGGUUGGCAAGGGAUGACUGUAUAAAGACUAAGCAUAGUCUUUAAGCACCUUAAAUAGAACAAAUCAAUGUUAGUCUGUGCAUAUGCAGAAAAGCUGAAGGGGCGAGGAAUGCAUGCAGCCUUCUGCCAGUUGAGCUCUAUGACCUGAAUUCUCCAGAACUUGCUCCCAUUUCAACAAGCAGGAGUAUUAGGCGGACGGGAAGUGGAGGAAUCCGCGAGGAUGCCCCUGCUUCUCAUGACUACCCUAACCCAGGCUGGGCUGUCCCAGGGUUAGGCUGCUUGUGAGAACAGCUUCACUCUCUGAGAACCAGACUCUACCCUUUAUCCUGAGUAUUCUUUAUAGUCUUGAGAAGUUCAGUGGACAACUGUGCGACAAAUCAGCUGCGUGAUGUAAUAGAUAAGCAGCCUUAUAUUGAUGAAUUGGUUCCUGGAUUAUGCCACUUCAUGUUGGUUGGUUGGGAAUUGUGCUUACAUACUCAGGAAGGGAGGAACGUCCUUUACAUUCAAAAGUAGCAUAUCAGAACCUUGUCCCUGAUGUGCUUUCACCACAAGCUUUUCACUUCAGAUAGGAUUCAAACAUUUGAUCCCAUGCCCCGCCUGCAGCCUGAAGUAAUUACAUCCUUCCUGUAUUAUGUCUCUGUGUAAACGAGUGCAGACAUGGAUAUUUGUGAGGUACAGUUGCAAGACAGAAACCUUAUUUUGCCUUAAAAGCUUUUACAUAUUUGUCAGCACAGCCUACAUGAUCCUCUGCGAGCCAGAGCAUCAUAUAUAUGAGCGAGAGUUUUGUUUAGAGAAGACUUGGAGGACUGUGAAGUCUUAUUAUGCAAUGAAAAGGGCCUAGCUAAAUUUGUCGGUGUGUUAUAUGCAGUACUGGCCCACAAGUGGUUCACUUGCAGAUACACUUUGCUGCCAAAAGGAGCCACACAACCUUACCAAUGCUUUUUGGUAAUCCUUGUUGGGAAGUGGAGAUAAGGGAUAGCUUGUCAUGCUUGCACAGUGCUGUAAUUGCUGAUUAACUAGUAAACCUUGCUGUGGGGUUAACCAUUCAAUAGCCACACUGUUGGGCAACGUUGACUGAGAAAUCCCGUCUUGACUGUUGGAAGGUGGCGGAGGCUGGUAUGGAGAUGCACUGCCGCCUUCCCUUGCUCAGCCCUCCGUGGGUAUACCACCAGCAAACCACCUUACUGCCCACACGGGUUACUUAUGCAUGGAUCUGGAUUGUAUGAUCACUUCAUAAGGUGAUUUUUCAAGCCUGAAGGAAGAGAAUGUUCUAAAGAAGCCAAGAUGUUAUUACCAUGUGGUUGUGCUAAAUAAAUGUGUUAUUUACAA